CACCGACUCAAAGGGUAACAGGUCCGGAGGAAAAUGUCUCCGACCUUUCUUUAUCCACCUGCAGCUCUUCUUUUAGGAUCCUGAUUAAGCAGCGGAGGAGGAGGAGGAGGUGAGGCAGCUCGGUUUUGGUUCUGGUCCUGGUCCUGGUUCUGGUCCUAGUCCUGGUUCUGGUUCUGUCUGCUGCACCUGCCUCUGUUAAAGCAGCAGGACAGACGGGGGGAGGAAAGGGAAGCUGGGAUGUGGGAGGCAGGGGGCAGAGAGGAGGAGGAGGAGGGAUGAAUUAAUCCAACCUGAACCAGAGCCCGAUGAUCAACACUCAGACCGGCAGCAUGGAGGGACACAAGAGGAACCACUGGUCCUCCUCCAGGAAGAGAAGUUUGACUUUUGGUGCUUACAGCGGUGACGACAGAUUCACCUGUGGAGACGAGACGAGAGCUGAACCUGCAGGGAACAACAUCCUGAACAUCCUGGAGUCUGAAUCCAGAGACAGCCAGCCGGUGCCUCGGUCCAGCAGCAGCAGGGACACGGAGCUGUUCGAGAUCAUUGAGAAGCUGCAGGGCAGCAGGAUCGAUGAGCAGCGCUGUGAGUUCCCUCCGCCUCUGAAGUCUCAGCUCCUGACCAUCGCCGGAGAACUUCCGCUCAUCCUGCUGUCCAAGUCUGGAGGCUACUGGACCGACCCUCCUGUGGAGAGGCUGGUGGACGUCAGCCCCACCUCCUCCCACCACGGCCUGGAUCCAGAACGCUACGACAUCAUGGAGAGGGACGGCGAGGCCAGGAACUACCAGGACUUCUUCAGGUCCAGAUACCAUCACUCCUUCACUGCAGUGGAUCCAGCUCUGGGCCCGCUGGUUCUGUCGGUGUGUCUGGAAGAAGAGGAGAACAAACUACGGGUCAUACUGAGGAUGAAGGAAUGUUCUCUGCAUGGAGUUUUCUCUUUGUCUCUGUUCCCAAACAUCCCGUCUGCCGUCGAAUUAGCAAAGAUGCUCUGUGACAGAGUGACCGUCUCUAAGUUUGAUGUGGUCGGAUAUCUGAAGGCUCCAGAACUUAUCACCACAUUUGACGAACAUCGAGUUUCUCCUAAUUUCAAGUUUGGUGUUUUGUACCAGAAGGAUGGCCAGCUCACUGAGGAGGAAAUACUGAGCAACAACCAGGAGAGCGAAGAGUUUAAAGAGUUCUUGUCCGUUCUGGGAGAAACCAUCCAGCUGCAGGGAUUCACACGCUUCAGAGGAGGUCUGGACGUUUCUCACGGUCAGACGGGAACUGAAGCCGUUUUCACGUCUUUCCACGGCAGAGAAAUCAUGUUUCACGUCGCCACCAAGCUUCCGUUUACAGACGGAGACCCACAGCAGCUGCAGAGGAAAAGACACAUCGGUAACGAUAUCGUGGCUCUGGUCUACCAGGAGGGUCAGACUCCUUUUCUGUCCGACGUCGUCAAGUCUCACUUCCUGCACUGUUUCCUGGUGGUCCGGAGGAUCCAGAGGGCCGAGGAGGAAGGAGGAGCUGCUUAUCAGGUGUCUGUCACAGCCAGAGAAGAUGUUCCUCCCUUCGGUCCGGUUCUCCCAGAUCCUCCCAUCUUCACAGAUCGUUUCCAGCUGAGAGAGUUUCUUCUCACCAAACUCAUCAACGCAGAGAUUUCUUGUUACAAGGCCGAACGGUUCAGCAGACUGGAGCUUCGUACUCGUUCGUCGCUGCUGGAGAGUUUGCAGUCUGAACUCUUCAGUCGUUCACAGGUCAUGAUGGGAGAUCCAUCUCUGGCUCCUCUGAUGUCUGAAGGAGUCCGAGGAACAUCUGAAGGAAGUGGAGGGUUCAUUGAAAACUUUAAGAGAGCCAUCAGAGUUCGGAGUCAUUCCUUCGAUACUCUCGGGGUUCAAAGAAAGAUCAUUGCAAACACAUCACAGAGACUGAAGACGGAGAAAGAAUACGACAGUGACAAACCUCCAGGACUUCCGCCUAUCUCCGACUGUUCAGCUGAACACAGAGACCAAACGAGUCCUCAAGAAGAGACAUAAAAGACAAUAUUCACAUGUAGAUUUAUAGACAUAAAUAUGAAUAUAGACAUUUCUAGCCUUUAAGGUUACAUCUUUAUUAUCCUGGUGGAUGAUUUAUAUGUAAAUAGAGAAUAUAAGUAAAUAGUUUUCUGAAAAUACAAAUAUUUUACUGUCAUUGCAGUGAUAUUUUAGAUUAAUGAGAAUCUUGAAAUUGUAUUUUAGUGAAAAAUUUGACAUAAAACUGACAGUGAAGGAAACAGUGGCAGACGUGUAACUGAAAGUAGGACAAUGUAUAGAAAAUAAAGACUGUUUUAAAGAUGGGUUUAAUGAUACCAAUAAAAUAUGAUCAGUAAUUUGGAACAAAUGUUUGAACAUUGUGCUUUAAAAAAAUCAGUUUAUCCUUAAUUCAUAGUCGAACCUCAUGUUUUAUUUAUGAUUUUGUGAACAGAUACACUCCUGUUAAAACAUUUUGGGUCACUUAGAAAUGUCCUUAUUGUUGGAAGAAAAGCAUUUUUUUAAAUGAAGAUCACAUUAAAUGAAUGAUAAAUCCA